UUGUUGGUGGUGACAUGAAAACAUUGUUGUUGCUGCUGGAGGCUGCGGAGGCAGGCAGGGUCUGAAGCUCCAGCGGUGUCCGUCGAAGUGAACACUGUACAUUUAUUUUGUUGUUUUUGACUUUGAGGAGAAGCUGCUGGUCGCGCGGGAAGCGGUCAUGUCGGUGAACAUGGACGAGCUGAGACACCAAGUCAUGAUCAACCAGUUUGUUUUGACGGCUGGCUGCGCCGCGGAUCAGGCGAAGCAGCUCCUACAAGCGGCCCACUGGCAGUUUGAGACGGCCUUAAGCUCCUUCUUCCAGGAGGCCAACAUCCCCAGUCACCACCACCAGAUGAUGUGCACCCCCAGAAACACUCCCGCCACGCCGCCGAACUUCCCAGAGGCCAUGACCAUGUUCUCCAAGCUUCGGGCGUCCGAGUGCGGCUCCGGCACCGGCCCCUCCCAGGUGUCCAUGGCCUGCUCGCCCCCGGCGCCCUCCUCCACGUCGGGUUUCGGCUCCUUCUGGGCCUCCUCGCCGCCCAGCCACCAGCCGGCCUGGCUGCCCCCGUCGUCGCCCACCGGCCACCACAUGCACCACCACCACUACCACCACCACCACCACAUGCAACAGACUCCCAUGUGGCCCCCCGUCUCUCAGCCCAGCGGCUCCCAGCAGCCCCCCGUCGUUUCAGCGCUCCACGGCCAGAGAUGAAGGCGAGAGCGGCGGG